CGAGGCAGGGCCAGGCUCAUCCGGCGGGGACAUUCCAAGGCGCUCGGGGCUGCUGGGGCCGGCGUUGAGCCCCGCGCUAUAAAUACCCUCUCCCUGGAAGCUUCUUCCCCAGGAUCGUCUGUCUGUUGACCGCAGGAGGGGCUCCGAAGGAACAGGGCUGCGUGACCGGCCCCAGAAUCGGGCGCCGACGGGACCCCCCACCCCCCACGCCGAAAAGGGGCGCCCACCCUGGAUCCGGACCCCCCCAGCAUGGCCACUUUGCACCUCGCUUCCCUUUUGGUCUGCCUUGCCCUAGUGUCGUUAUGCCAGGGGGGCUGUGUGGAGGUGGACUCGCACACAGAAGCCGUGCUGGGCAAAACCUUCAAGAUCACGUGCAUCUCUUGCAAGAAGCGGAGCGAGACGGUGGCCGAGGCCUUCACCGAGUGGUUUUUCAAGGAGAAGGAAACGGAGGAGAUGGUCAAGAUCCUUCGCUAUGACUACCACAAUAAGCUAGAAGUGACGGACCACCGCUUCGAAGGCCUAGUCGUAUGGAACGGCACCAAGAAAGUGCCCGAUUUACAGGACGUGUCCAUCUUCAUCCUUAACGUAACCUACGAUCACGCGGGGGAGUACGUCUGCACCGUCAACCGCACGCUCAACUACGGGGAUAUGUUCUUCUACAACGUCCUGGUCAACAAGACGAUUCACGUUACUGUGGUGCCCACAGCAAACCGGGACAUGGCGUCCAUCGUCUCCGAGAUCAUGAUGUACGUUCUCAUCGUGGUUCUGACCAUCUGGCUGGUAGCGGAGAUGGUCUACUGCUACAAGAAGAUCGCCGCGGCAACGGAAGCAGCUGCCCAGGAGAAUGCCUCUGAGUACUUAGCCAUCACAUCAGAGAGCAAGGAAAACUGUACAGGGGUGCAGGCAGUGGAAUAGCCGUGCAGGACCGUUGGUGGAUACAGGGAUGCCUGGUUGGCAGGAACGAAGCUUUGACAGAGAGCCGAGGAGGGGGCGAAUGACUCAGCAGCAGCAUCGGCGGUCCCUGAGAAGAGCUCAUCCGGAGCCAAGCAGCCUCUCCCCCCACCACCACCACCGCACGACCGUUUCGUUAACAAAGCAUGCUAUUUUUAAUAACAGAGCUCUGUAUCCAGCCGCCCAGGGACAGACAAUCGUGUCUUUUGAAAGAGAAAGGGCGGUUCCCCCCGACGGGCACCUUGCUCUUUUCGACGUGCCCCCCACCAUCUCCUUUGCCAGCGGCAAGCCAGGUUCACCCCUUCUGCCCGCAAUGCAUGAUGGGAAAAGCGGGGCAUGGCUGCUUGCGCACGCAAUGCAAAAGCUUGGCGCGGCCCCCUCCUUGCGGCCCUCCUGGUGCCAGCCAGCCCGUGGCCUCUUUUUUCCGUUGACGGGCACUUCGCACUUUCGGAUUUUCUUUUGCAUAUUUCUUGCGCUUCAGGUUCUUUCAGCGACUUUGCUACCAGCACUUUCUGUGGGUCUGAGGAGAGGAGGCCCCCUGCUGUUUCAACGACCUGUGUCCCCCUUGCCUGUCUCUCCCUCCCCACCAUGAGUUCAGCCUCUAGCUUUGUCUCUCCACCCCCAGCAGACGGGAAUGGAGAAAAGGAUUCAAGAUGGCUGCCACAUACUUGCUUCUCAGGCCUGACUCACAGGGGGGACACCGUGUCUCAGCCUAGCCACACGGGCCUUUGUUGAGCAGAAGGUCUGUUAUGCUCAUGUAGGGUGGUACUCUAGAUACUACUGGCUGAAGAGGAGCCAAAAACUUGAUGUUCUGAUAGGAUUUCCCCCUCAAGGCUAUCACUCUGAUGGAGAGGGGGAUCUCUUGCUAAAGACAGGCAGAAAUGCAAUCAGAGCUCUUGAGGGUGCUUCUUCCACCUUCCCUGUCCCUGAACUUUAUUACUGUCAUGUUCCCUCCUCACAUCUCUUGUGGGAAUUCGCUCCCCAAUCUCGGGACAGAUGGAUUCCUUCUACGGUGCCGCCAUUUCUGUCCUCUCCUCCCUCUGGAGGCGUUUCCUUCCCAGAAUCAGCCAGCGAGUCUUCAGUUUGGCUCCUGGGGAACCACAGUGCCCUUUCCUCUCCUCAGACCCCCCUGGGGCUGGUCUCUAGGACCGGCCCCCAUCACGAUAGA